AUGUCCAGAGGAUCAGACGAUGAUGACCUAUAUCUACCUCCAUCUAAGGCUGUUAAAAUAGUCUUUUCUCGGCGACAGCUCCUUCUCACCGGUGCUGAUUAUGGACUGAGCGAUGGCGAUGAUGACGAAUUUGAUGAUGAACGUGGCGUCUCCAAAAACGAGACAAAAGGCGUUGUUUACGACUUCUCUCUGGAGCGAGCCAAGCGAUGGGCUGCGGCUGUCAGCUUGCCCGAGAACGCUUGGAGCGAAGCAGAAAAGGAGCUCUUCUUCCGGCUGGCAAUGCGUGGUUUCGAGCCUUUAAUGCCCCGGCACUGGCAACAUGACUUCUCCACGCUUCCUGAUACCAUGUUUUCUCUUCCCGAAGAGGAAAUAGUUCCAAUUAUUCGAGCCUUCAAGCACUCCGACUUUCAUGCUAUAAAGUCUCUACUCGGCUUGUUCUCUCUAAGUGGACAAGUGAGAGACUGCAAUAUUCUACGGACCAGACCAGAGGACAAGAUCAGAAAAGCAAUCAAGAAAUAUGUUCGCUGGGCUAUGCGGGACGCAGAUAUACACGAAAAACCCGGAACUAUCCCCGUCUACACCAUUCACUCCCAGAAAGAAGGAGAAUCAGUCGUCUCUGCAGUCUCAAAGCUCAACAAACGUCUGGGAAAGCUCGCAAAACGAUACCACAACACACUAGGAAUAAUCACUUCUCGUUGCAACUUUCCCCUCCUCGUCGGCUUCGUGAUUUGCGGUCCGAUUGUUGCCAUCUUAACGCUCAAUACGGAUCCGCUCAGUCCAAAGGGUUGGGGCGAAGGUACGGGGAGCAAGUUCAUCUCUCAGUUUGAUGUUGGAGAGCGGGGUCAGGAUGUCUGGACUUCGUUAGCACUUGCGAUUACGAUUAUGCAUAUUCGGAAGACUAUGAUACAGUUGGCGGACGGUGGUAUGGGUGGAUUUUGUAGGAACGGGGGAGAUGGGCUUUUUGGUGAGGAUGAAGAUCUUUGACGCGACCUAUACAACUGGCUUAUAAAUCAGGCUUUAGAUAUUUUAGUUUUAUAUCUUUAAUCAUGAAAAUUGAAUGCUUCUUUUCAGUCCCCUGUUUCAUGCACCCUUGCUAAACCGGAUAUGUAUUGCAGGCAUACCACGGAAUUAACUCAGCCAACUUCCAGUUUGGUUUUGAUGCCAACAAAUAAUAAAUAUGCAGGCAACUAAUCAAUCUUUAGAGAAUCUUCAUCUAUUGCUAAAGACAACCACAAUAACAAGUGCUUGUUGUUGUGUAGUUCUAUCUGUCGGAAUAUAGAGGUUCCUUACCGAACAAUACCAACUGAUGCCUGAUUGAUGCCUUGCUGAUAUCAUAUGGCGAAAAGCAGCGUAUUUACUCUGCUAUUACUGCUUUUGAAACCGCACAAUCGCUUAGUAUACU